UCCACCGCCUCAUAGCCGUGGUUUGGGACUUGGGAGAGAGUUGGCAUCCAAUGGUGUCUGCCCGGGCUUUCUCCUCUCUAUUCCUAUCUUUCUUCUUCGUGUUUCUCUCGAGCAAAGCCGAGCCUCUCGACCACCACUUUAAGCCAAAUUGUGCCCCAAAUCCACCAGUGGGCUUGGUCCCGGUGUUCUCCUACGAUGUGGACCCGCUGCAGUUUGCACUGAAUUUGGAACAUACGGAGUGUGAAUUCUUCUUGUAUGGUGCACUUGGUUAUGGGCUCGACGCCAUUGCACCAGAGCUUGCCAUGGGUGGACCACCUCCAAUUGGCGCCAUGAAGGCCAAGCUUGAUCAUCUUACACAGCGCAUAAUUGAGGAGUUUGGUUAUCAAGAAGUUGGCCACUUGAGGGCCAUCAAAUCUACGGUCGGUGGGUUUCCAAGGCCUUUGAUAGAUCUGAGCGUACACAACUUCGCAAGGAUAAUGGAUGAUGCAUUUGGAUAUCAUCUGAACCCUCCAUUCAAUCCAUACAUCAACAGCCUCAACUACUUGCUGGCCUCUUAUAUAAUACCAUACAUGGGCCUCGUGGGCUACGUUGGUACUAACCCGAACAUCGACGGCUUCGUUUCAAAAAGGCUUUUAGCAGGCUUAUUAGCAGUGGAAGCCGGGCAAGAUGCAAUUAUAAGGGCUCUGCUCUAUGAACAAGCCCAAGAGCUAGUUCCACCUUAUAACAUCACAGUUGCUGAGUUCACCAUCCGCAUAUCAAACCUGAGAAAUGAACUGGCGAGCUGUGGGAUCAAAGACGAAGGUCUAAUCGUCCCCAUCGAGCUUGGAGCAGAGCAGAGGACAACCAGUAAUAUCAUAUCAGCCAAUAAUGACUCGCUCGGUUACAGGCGAACCCCUGCUGAGAUCCUCAGAGUUCUGUAUGGAACUGGUAAUGAGCACCAACCUGGUGGUUUCCUGCCCAAAGGAGGGAAUGGAAAAAUAGCUAGAGAAUUUCUGCAAGGAGCUUAGGAGAUGGCUUGUCUCAUAUAGUUUGUAUCUUGCUACUAAAUAACGGGUUGGUUGAAUGAUAGAUAUAUGGAAACUAAAUUAUACU